UCUUCGUUAUAGCCGGUCGCGGGAUCUUAAUUAAUUGUUGUUCACCAGUUCACGCGUUUCCAAUUUUAAUCAGUAUAAAACUGUGUACUUUUCCAACGUGGCGCGCUUUUUCUAUCGUCGAUUGAUGCCUUAAAAUUUAAGAGUGUUGUUCGGGGUUUCCAUCUUCAGCUCUGUGCGUACUGCAUACAAGGGAUUUUUGUUUGCCUCGGUUUUACUUAAAUCCAGACAUGGCUGACGGAGUAGGCAUCGAUCUGGGCACGACGCACUGCUGCCUGUUUGUCUACAAGCAUGGCCGGAGUCCGCAGGUGAUUAAGAACAAAAUCGGCGACGCCACCACACCGUCGUGGGUGCGCCUGGAGCGGGACGGGAUGGAUGUGGGCCGACAGGCCAAACGCCUUAGCCCGGACAACAGUCGCAAUACUAUCCGCAACGCUAAGCGGAUCAUUGGACGCAGAUUCGACGAUCCCGCUGUGACAGUGGAACGCAGUCUGAUGCCCUUUGCAAUCAUCAACGAUAGAGGAUCCCCGGCCAUACGGGUCGAACAGUGCAGCGAGAGCGGCAACGUCAUCUGGCAGAAGGUUAUCCGUCCGGAGGAGGUCAGCUCCUCGCUGCUUGGGUAUUUGAAGGAGAUGGCUGAAGGAUUCCUGGGCAGCAAGGUGACCUCCGCGGUAGUGACUACUCCGGCUAAUUUCAUGGAGACUCAGCGCGCCGCCACGCUGACCGCCGCCCGCCUGGCAGGCUUCAAAGACGUUAGCCUGUUGAACGAACCGACCGCCGCCGCCAUCGCCUACGGCGGCGUCGUGGAUGAGCAGUGCACCAUCCUAGUCUUCGACUUCGGCGGCGGAACAUUGGACAUCAGCAUCAUGAAGGUGGAGGGCCGCAACGAGUACCGCGUCCUCAGCACGGACGGCGACAUGUAUUUGGGCGGGGAGAAUUUCGAUGCCGAGAUUGUCCAGCAUUUCCUGGACGACAUCCGUCGCCGCCAUGGCAUCGAUUUGGCCCAUGAUAGCAAAGCCUUGGCAAAACUGAAACUGGCCGCCGAACAGGCCAAGAUCGCGCUGUCCAGUCCCUACAGUGGCACAUAUCGGGAAAUCGUGCACAAGCUGCGUGAAGGCCUUGACUACGAUUUAGAGCUGACGAAAGCGACCUUCAACGGCAUGUUCAGCGGUCUGCUCCCGAGCAUCUUGGUUCCAGUGAAGAACGCCCUGGAAGCCGCUAAAUUGGCGCCUGGAGAUAUCGACAAGGUCAUCUUGGUGGGCGGCAGCAGUCGGAUGCCGGCGGUGAAAGAGACCCUGCAGACGUUUUUCGGCCGGGAAGGAGUGGUGUGCGCGGAUGCCGAUCCGGAUGAGACGAUCGCGCGUGGCGCCGCCAUGCAGUCCUACCGCAUAAACAACCGUCAGCCAACCAACGUACAGGAGGUCACAGCGUACCAUUAUGGACUGAAGGUGGUGGAUCGAUCGCGGCCAGGCAGUACACGCAUCUGCGAUCUGAUUCCUCGGGGGACAGCAUUCCCUUCCAGUGUUACCGACGUUUUCCACACAUCUUACGAUUAUCAGACAGAGGUGGAUUUCAGUGUGUAUCAGAGUAAACGCGGAUUCACUUUGGACAAGUUCCGAAUUGGAGGAUUUGUCAUUCCUGGUUUGCCCCCACGGAAGAGGGGAGAGUGCAAGUUUGAUGUAACGUACAACAUCGAUGGGAAUAAUAUCUUGCAUGCGACUGCGCAAGGCAAAGGCGACAUCGCCCACUAUAAAAUGGAUAUUGAAAUUCGCUUGGAUAAUGUCGUUUAAUGCUUGCGCAUGGCCCAGCGAGACGGUAUUUUCAGUUCUCGAAUUUUUUUUGUUGCACGGAAAGUAGCCAGGCCAACCGUUUUGUCAUAAGUCUAAAUUUUCAUAGACUUUUCAUCUUGUUUGUUCUUCUCUAUUUGGAUAACUGCUAAAGCUUACGUGCUUCUAUCGGGUAUCGAAACUACUAUCGUCUAUAUAUAGGCUAUAGAUAAUGCAACUUUUGUGACACUGUCCGAAUCUGUAAGCAUAUGUAGCGAACAUUUACUUUUUAUGUACGUGCUAACCGGUAUAAGCAACGGUCUUCCGUCUCCUGUUAAAAGGUGAAUUUUGCGCGAGUCGGAUGGAUUGGGCUAACCCUUG